AUGGAUUCCAUACAAAACGCAGAUAAUGAUUCAUCAAAACAAAAAAAAACAGAGUGCUCUUCUUUUUUCUGGGGCGAUGAUGAAAAGGAAUGCGAAAAACCCAAACCCAAAAAAAGGCGCCGAUCGCGUAAAAAACGUAAAAAAUCAAAAAAAUCAAAAAAAAGAAAACGUAGAAAAAGAAAACCAAAGCCGGAAUGUGAUUGCCAACUAAAACAAAAAAAACUCAAGAAAAGACUACAAUUGUUAAGACAGCUUCAAAAUCAAAAAUCCAAAUCUAAAAGCAAAUCGUCGAGUCAGCGUAAAAGACAAAAAUCCAAAUCAAAAAGCAAAAGCAAAUCGUCCAGACAGCGUAAAAGGCAAAAAUCCAAAUCCAAAAGCAGAUCGUCGAGACCGCGUAAAAGGCUGAAAUCCAAAUCCAAAAGCAAAUCCUCGAGACCGCGUAAAAGCCUAAAAUCCAAAUCCAAAAGCAAAUCUUCGAGACCGCGUAAAAGCCAAAAAUCCAAAUCCGGAAGCAAAUCGUUAAGACAGCGUCAAAUCCAAAAAUCCAAAUCCAAAGGCAAAUCGUCAGGUCAGUGUAAAAGCCAAAACUCUAAAUCCAAAAGCAAAUCGUCGAGAGAUCCUAGCAAAAAAUCCAAAUCCGAAAGCAAAUCCAAAUCCAAAUCCAAAUCCGACAGCAAAUCGUCAGGAGAGUGUAAAAGCGAAAAAUCCAAAUCCAAAAGCAAAUCGUCGAGGGAUCCUAAAAGCCAAAAAUCCGAAUCCAAAGGCAAAUCGUCGAGAGAGCGUAAAAGCGAAAAAUCCAAAUCCAAAAGCAAAUCGUCGAGAGAGGGUAAAGGCCAAAAAUCUAAAUCCAACGGCAAAUCGUCAGGAGAGUGUAAAAGCCAAAAAUCCAAAUCCAAAAGCAAAUCGUCAAAAUCCAAAUCCAAUGGCAAACCCAAACUAAAAACAAAUAAACGCGGAAAGUCAGGAAAGUGUAAAUCCAAAAAAUCUAAAUCAAAAUCCAAAAGUAAACCAAAACUAAAAACAAAAAAACCUAUAAAAGGAAGCAAAUCGUCAAAAAGUCAAAAUGGUAAUAAAAAUUCAAAAAGCUCGCAAAAAAAAGGAAACUGCAAGGAAGGGCGAUCUAACGGAAAAUCUGGCAAGAUGAAGGUUAAUCAAGCAACUAGUGUUUUUAUGGGACCCUCAUCAAAAUUUUUAAAGUUAUGUGAAAAAAAGCAUGUCAAUUGGAGCAAGGAUAAGAUUUAUUAUGAAGCUCAUCGACUAUGGGCCAAAAUGUUUAAUAAAGUCAAACUUCGGUUUCUUAAUCAAUCGUAA